AUGAAGCAGAUGGCUAUUAUCGUCCUUUCACACUCGACCUCCUCCUCCAUUCGCAGGAGAGGAAAAUGAUGGUGGCGAUGACCAGGCCAAUAACAGUAACGAAGCCCAUCGUCCUCGUCGCGCUCACCUCCGUCGCCACCGUCCUCUUCCUCUUCCUCUCCCGGCCAGACCCGCCUGCUCCGGAACCAACCUCUAUGGCGCGAAGCUUCGUGCUAUGGCUCCACGGGUUGGGCGAUUCGGGCCCUGCCAACGAGCCCAUCAAGACCCUCUUCACUUCUCCGGAGUUCAGGCUUACCAAGUGGUCCUUCCCUUCCGCUCCUGCCAAUCCGGUCACUUGCAAUUAUGGUGCUGUCAUGCCUUCAUGGUUUGAUAUUCAUGAGAUCCCUAUAACAGCUGAUUCUCCAAAAGAUGAGAACGGAGUGCUUCAAGCAGUAAAGAAUGUGCAUGCAAUGAUUGACAAGGAGAUAGCUGCUGGCAUAAGUCCCAAUAAUGUGUUUGUGUGCGGCUUUAGCCAAGGAGGUGCUUUGACCUUGGCAAGUGUUCUCCUGUACCCUAAAACUCUUGGAGGUGGUGCAGUAUUCAGUGGAUUUGUUCCUUUCAAUUCAUCCGUCCUCGAUCAAGUCUCGCCAGAUGCCAAAAGAACACCUAUCUCGUGGGCUCAUGGAAUUGAUGACAGAACGGUAUUAUUUGAAGCUGGGCAAGCGGGUCCACCAUUCCUUGCAAAAGCUGGUGUGAGUUGCGAGUUUAAGGCUUAUCCUGGUCUUGGCCAUUCUAUAAACAAUGAGGAGCUGCGUAAUUUGGAGUCAUGGAUUAGAGCUCGUCUUCAGAGUUCUUCAUAGAAUUAUUGGUAUGUGAUGAUCAAAGUGGCGUCCUUCCUGUAGAUUUGUGCUAUGCCACAUGUGCAAAUUGAUACAUGAAAAAUGUUCAAGAUGUGCACAUCAUAUGCUAAGCAUUCUUUCAAUAUGGUGUUGAAUUUGUUCUUAGGGAAAUAUUUUGGGAUGGUAUUAUUUCUUUUCUAUUUAUAACAAAAGCAAAGAACUGGACCAAGGGC